AUACAGCUCCUUUUGUGUCGGAAUAGUUACAGUCGCUGAGUCUGUAAGAUCAUACCCGCUCAACAAGCCGCCCUUUGCGUAAUUGUUGAAACGUGACAUCAAAAAGAGCUACAUUAUUUACGUCAUCGUAACGAAAUGGCAUGCAUGACUCGUGUUUUGUUUACAAGCGAUGUGAGAGAGGAGCUCCGCCAUGAGCCAACAAGCUGCCGCUUUGCAGAAUUACAAUAAUGAGCUUGUCAAUUGUAUUGAAGAGCUCUGCUCCAAGCGGGAAGAGUUGAACCGUCAGAUCAAGCUGGAGGAAGAGGAGAAGGAACGACUGCAACAUGACAUCCGUGUCUUCUCUGGUAAGCUGAGUAAGGUCAAUGAAAGCCUCGCACAAAGAAUGGCUGCACGUGCCACUUUCGACCGGACCAUUGCAGAGACUGAGGCUGCGUACACCAAGAUCUUAGAGAGCUCUCAAUCUCUGUUGAGUGUCCUGAAGCAUGAAGCCGGAAACCUUGGGAAAGCGUCAGAGCCUCGCAAGAAAGAACACUAAUGCAGAGGAAGUGGAUUUUAAGACUGAACUUCAAAAGAAAUGGUCAUAUUCGACUAAUUGUAUUUUUUGUAAAACAGGUAUGUUGCGAUUGUUUCUUUUGAAGCUAUGCACACAGCAUUUUGAAUGUGAUAGACAAUAAAAGCGUUAUUUGCAACAUUGUACAAUGUCAUGAGAUCCCAUAGAUGUUCAACAUGCUAUUUAUUUUCUAUUUCUUUUAUUGAUUUUAUUCAAUCAUGAUCAGGUUUCUUUGACAUAAUCAGAGAGACCUUUAUUUAUUAAAUCUGUUCAUUGUUGUGGUGGCACAGUGGCACACUGGUUAACACGUCCACUUGGCUUCGGCAUGCUGGCAACACAUUGUGUGGACAAGCGGAAGGGAAAAUUCAUGUUUUGUUGUUGCAAUUCUUUUUUUUUCUUCUUCCUGUGCUAUUGCAGUAAGAAAUAUUCUUCUUUUUGCAUAUGAGUCGAAAUAUUAGAAAACUCAGUAUUAUACUAUUACAAAACUGCAACCGAAAUAAUUGACAAUAAUUGAAAUUAAAGUGACAUUAAAUCUGACAGCAUCUGACAAAACUGAGCUUUAGGCAAGUUAUUUGAAGUUAUGGUACUGGAUGCCAUCAUUCAUCUGACUGAUUACUUUUGACACUUUAAAGUCAUUCUAGUUCCCAUUGUGGAUUUUUAAUAAUUGGAUGACACUUUCACACUUUGCAAAUUAUUUCAAACACACACACAGGAGAUUUGCAUUUGUUCCAUUUUUGUAUUUAUUUAUUGUACAUCUGUACAAGCGUGACAUCACUUUUGUUCAAAUCAUCAAUAAUUUUACACAGCCUAGACAAUGCAGACUUUAAGACAAACAAAUUUAAAGUGGAGAAAAUGGAGUGUUUUACCACAAUUGGAUUAUUUUUUAAGAGGGAGUGGAAAAAGAAGCCCGGAAAACAUUGCUGGUUUUCUGUACAGUAUACUUUACAAGUCGUAGUUUCUGUUUCCAUUUUUUAAGUUAUUGCUGGUGUCAAACUGCUGGGAACUCCACUUUGGUCCUUUGGGUCACAGAUCGAAGACAAGAAGAAAUAUCCCCACAAAGAACUCAAUGUGUCUUUUUUUGAAGGCAACGGUGAACUGGGUUGCUCCACAGGUAGUGUUUUUAAAACAAUUUUUUCAUGUCUUAACAACACAAGGUGUCCCCACAUUUGCUAAGACAUUUUGACCAUUAAAUUGAGUGUUUAAACUAUUCCUUACUUAUUGGACUAAUAGCACAUUUCUUUAUAUAUAUUGUACUUUCAAUGCUGAAUGUGCUGGAAAACAAAAAGACUGAAUAAAUCCGUUCACUCAAAAUAGAAGAUAAAAAGACAUUCAGCCGUGUAAACUGGAAUGUAAAAAAGCAUGACCUUCUGCAUUCCAGUCUAUGAAAUUUGGUAUUUUUGUUUAGUCAAGGUACUGUGUGGGACAUAAUAAUAAUGAUGAUACUAAUAAUAAUACAAUUGAGUGUUGAAUAAACAAGAGAAAAGAGAACAGAUUUUAAGUGCAUGUAGUCUGUCACUGGCUAUGCCUUCACAUGAGGUGCAAAAUAAUGCGAAAAGCACGACAGUGCAAAAAAAAAAUCUUGCAUCCAAGACUGCAUAUCGGCAAUUACAAGUCAUCGGACUACCACAGAGUCUCACAACAUCAUUGAAAAAGGUCAUAGAGUGAUGACGAGCAGAAAAUAAA